GGGCCUCUGUACAGCGCGGCCGCGGAAGCCGAGGGCGGCUGCGGGGACUGAGCCGGACCACGCGUGCAGAGCGCAUGCGCUGGGCGUCAGGUGUAAUCGGCAUUGGAAAGGAUGCCAGCCCCAGCUGCUACGUAUGAAAGAAUCGUUUACAAAAAUCCCUCUGAGCACCACUACAUGAAAGUCUGCCUAGAAUUUCAAGAUCAUGGGGUUGCACUGAAUGCUGCACAGUUCAAGCAGCUGCUUAUUUCAGCCCUGAAGGACCUGUUUGGGGAGGUUGAUGCUGCCUUACCCUUGGACCUGCUAACCUACGAAGAGAAGACUUUGUCAGCCAUCUUGAGAAUAUGUAGCAGUGGUCUUGUCAAAUUGUGGAGCUCUUUGACCCUGUUAGGAUCCUAUAAAGGCAAGAAAUGUGCUUUCAGAGUGAUUCAGGUUUCUCCCUUUCUCCUUGCAUUGUCUGGUAAUAGUAGGGAACUAGUAUUGGAUUGAAUAUUCUUCAUUUUCAGAAACAUCCCUCUGUUCUUAAAAGUACUUUUUGGAACCAGCAUAAUGUUUGAAGACUGAAGCAGGCUAAGAGGCCCCGUUGAAGGAAUUUGAGGGUGCUCAAGAUGUUCCCAGUAAUUUCCAGCCCUCGUCUUUGGUGGGGUAGGCUUCAGAAGAGAAUCUGCCUGAAGCAGCCAGUGCUAAGCAGGCAGCACUUUCAGCAUAUGCACAUCCAAGUUGGAGACCGGGCUGAACUCAGCAGAACCUUCACACAGAGGGAUGUGGUUGUCUUCUCAGAAUUAACGGGGGAUGUCAACCCUUUGCAUUUAAAUGAAGAUUUUGCAAAACACACCAAGUUUGGAAAGACAAUUGUACAUGGAGUUUUGAUCAAUGGACUUAUUUCAGCUCUCCUGGGUACUAAAAUGCCAGGGCCAGGCUGUAUAUUUCUUUCCCAGGAAAUUAACUUUCCAGCUCCUUUAUAUGUUGGAGAAGUUGUUGUAGCUUCAGCAGAAGUGAAGAGGCUGAAGCAGUCCAUUGCUGUUAUUGCUGUGUCAUGCUUUGUAAGAGAAAGUGAAAAGACUGUUAUGGAAGGCUGUGUUAAAGUUAUGGUCCCAAAAGCUCCCAGUCCCUGAAAUACGUGUUUAAAGAUGCAAGGUCAGGCAUCAGUGUUACUGUUUUGAAGAGCUUCUGAGGAAAAUGGAUUGCUGCUAAUGGCCAGCAGACCCAGCAGCCCGCACUGGGGGGGCAGCAGGUAGUGAGGUGUUCACAUGUCCACUUUCCAAUUUGGCCUUAUGCUUCACACAGACUUAAGUGUAUUUGUCAUCUGUCUAGGUUUGUAAAACUGAAAAAAUAUUGGGAAAGUUAUCAUUUAGCUCAAAGUGCUACUUUUAGGAUUUCAAACCUAGUUAAAUUUGCAUUUGGAUAACACAAACCUACCUAUGUCUGUAUAGAAUAAAUUUCUCAGUGAAUUUAUAGCUAACUAGCAUUUAAUUAUUGAAGACAGCAGUACAAGUUGGGUCAUCUUUGAACACCUGUCUUUUACCAGUAAAUAUUCUUAGGUACUGUUCUUCAGUUUGUGGGUCAGAGUUUUUAUAAUUUGUUACUGUUACACCAAGAUGGUGUCUUGCUUAACCUUCAAGUGGUACUUGCCUUUCAGGUGGUUUUUCUCUUGUCAGAGAAAGAUUUAGACUCAUUUAUGUAAAUAAACCCUUGGUCUAAUCUAUAAAAUGGGGGUAAUAACACCUGCCACACAUUAUUGUUGGCGAUGAUAGAUAUAAAUAGCAAAGCACAAGGCGUGCUGUGUAAACAGUAGCUACUACUAUUCAUUCUCCCCUGUGAAUGAGGUUAGAGGUUUUCCUGAGUUUAAAGCUAACUGGCCCACAGGUAAACGAGGCCAGUCCUUCAAGAUGUCAGUCAGUUUUGUUAUUCUAAACCUGGAAUAGAUCUUGAGUGCAAAGUUUCUAUUUUAGCAAUCUAGAUUGUUUUCUCCCUUGAAAAUAUUGUGAGUUUCCCCCUUUAUGUAAAUAAUAUAUACUUAUUGCUUAAAAAAUUAUAAGAAAUAAAAAGUAUAAGGAGGCCAAGUUCUUAAGAGUUGGGGGACAUUGAAGAGAAAAUGUGCCUGAUAUGUUAGUAUUCAAUGGUCAUCCCCACCACAGCUAACCCUUUAAAGAUAAGAAUCUGUAGUAGAAUAUACAUGUGGUCCAUCUGUGCUCUGUGGCUUUAGAUGGCUCUGGCCACAGCUAGAUGCUUUGAUCAGGAAGGUAAGAUCAAGUGUAACUGGUUGGAUUAACCCACAUUUCCUGGAGAAAGGUUUUUCCUCCUGCUAGAUCAGUAAAUAGAUUUUUAUUUUUUUUUACACUAAGGGGGAUCCAUUAAAUAGAAUAUUUGAUAGAAUUAUUCUAGUCACUAGGGGGCAGUGGUGUGUAUAAAGUGAGUAUUUUAAACCUGUUUAAUAUUGUACCAUACUCUAGUUUGUGAUUGAGAUGAAAAUGACCAAAAUCAACGUGAGAAACAAGGAUUCCAUUCUUGUGCGUUUCUGAAUGGUCAGCAUUCACAGGCUCAGAUCCACCAGGAAGAAGGCUUGCUGGUAGGUAAAACACUACACAUGUUGAUGGUUUGAUAUAACGUUGAAAAAAAUGGGGAACUUGCUCAAAAUACAGACUUGAAGCCCUAUUCAAAUUCUCCUACAGAAGCAUUCCCUGUAGCUUCUCAGCAGUCCUGAAGUAUGGAGUGUGAUAUUGUCAUUAAUACUAAUAGCUACCAUUUAUUUCUUUCAAUACCUGAUGAGCCAAUUUUCUGCAUUAACUAAUCCUUUGAACAACUUUGUGAAGUUAAACAUGUCCCAUUUUAUAGGCAGGGAAACAGACUUGCUGUUUGACUUGCCCAGGGUUAUACAGCUAGUGUGCAGUAGAGCUGGGAUUCAAAGGAGCCUGCCUGGCUCCAAAGCAUUUCUUUUUUCAUCACCCUAUGUGUCUUACACUGUUCCCAUUACUAGAGCACUGUCAGUUUCUAUAACAGUAUCUUUUUAUGUGGCAUUAAAGUAUUUGGAAACAUCAUUCUAUAGAAUUUUGUUGUUGUUUUCAGAAUGUUCUAGAUCUUAUCCCCUGCUACAGUUGUAGCAUUUUCCUAUAUACUGUUACUUUAUGGCUUCUACCUAUACCUGUUCCUACCCUUUUUCUAUGUUGACAUUCAGUGAUUAUUUGUCUUCAGAGCAGAAUUACUUAAAUAGUUAUCCUAAAGAUGAAAAAAUUUGUGCAAGCUAAGCAUGGGGGGGUGUGAAUGUCAGAACUGGCUGUUAGCUGAUUUAUAUUGUGUAACUCAAAUGUAUUUUCUCAAGCUCAUUUCCUUUUUUUUUUUUUUAAAUGCUCCCUAGGUAUCAUGGUCUUUGAUCUCUGUAUAUCAGUAGAAAGUUGAAUAGACGAGUAGCAAGAAGUUAGGGAUGCUUCUCUGUAAAUGAUAAUUUGUUACUUUUACUCAGAGCCAGGAUUCUCAAACUAUCUUUGUUAAAGCUGGCAAUAAGGAAAA